CCGGGAAGGGCAGGCGCCAUCUUGAGAGAGGCGGUUGGAAACCAAGGAGACGGCGGGUGCGCGUGCUGGAGCGCGAGCGUCCCCGCGAGGGCGGGGGUAUCGGGCUCUAGCAUAAAAUGAUUGAAUCAACUCAGUUUCGCCAGCGGCGAUCUACGGAUUUUGAAUCGCAUUAUGAACAUUUGUGUGCUCUCCAUGACCUUGUUCCUUUAAAAGCAGUAAAAGCAAACUUAAAUGAAGGUGUCCUGGAUAUUAAUGGUGAUAGGAUCAAGUUGUCUGAAUGGGCACCGAUUUUCAGUUCCAUUGGUAUUAACAAGCAUUUAGUUUUUCUUGCAAUCAGGAGUUACUACCAGCCUGCUCUUGGAGAAACAGGGAAUGAGAGGCAAAAACAGCACUUCAGAAAACGUGUGCCAGCAAUACGUUCAAAAAGUUGUACACUUCAACUCUGUGGGUCAAUUAGUGACUGUCUGAUUGUUUCCAGCGCUUUAAAAUCCUUAGAGCUGCAAGGAUUACCUUUGAGGAAAGGCGAUCUCAUAGCAUUAACAAAGGGCUUAUCCAAGACAAAAACUCUGCAGCAUAUUUCAUUAGCUUAUUGUCCUAUAGGAGACGAAGGGCUAGAAAUAAUUUGCAAGAGUUUGAAGAAUUCUGUUACAAUCAAAACAGUUAACUUCACAGGCUGCAAUCUUACAUGGUGUGGUGCAGAACACAUCACCCAAGUUAUUAAGCAUCAAGCAACAAAAAGGCACAGUGAAGUUUGGGCAGAAAGUCUUCGUUACAGGCAUCCUGACCUAGAUUGUAUGACUGGUUUGCGUCGUAUUACCAUCAAUUGUAACACGCUUAUUGGUGAUACAGGAGCUAUUGCUUUUGCAGAAGCCCUCAAAGAUGACCUGUGGCUGAAAGCACUUGAUUUACAGCAGUGUGGCAUUUCUAAUGAAGGAGCCAAAGCUUUGCUCAAUAGCUUACAGUCUAGUACAACGUUAAUUAUUUUGGAUGUUCGAAAAAACCCAUUAAUCGAUCAGUCCUUAAUAAAAUCCAUUAUUGAAAGAAUAAUGCUGAAUGGAAAUGGAACAAACUCAGAGUACAAAUGGCUGAAUCUAGCAUCCUCCAGAGAAAAUGCUAAACAAAAGCAAAGAAGGAAAACGAUAAUGCUGGGACAUGGUUUAAAAGGAAAAGCAACUAUUCGUAUAGGUACAAGGAAGCAUGCAGAGAAUAAGAGUGCUGCUGUUUCUUCAGAUUUUAUCCCAGAACCAAUGCGACCAGGCACAGAGGGUUAUGUGCCUUGGCGUACUGCAGCACGUGCAAAUCGAUUCAGGAGUAUUCAUCAGGGCUCGUCACUCCAAAAUAGAAUGUUUCAGGCUAGCAAUCCAGUGAAGGUAACUUUGGAAAGUGCAUCAUCUUCAGAUACUGAAGAAACUGUCUAUACUCCUCAGCAAUUGUUGCAAAUGAGUGCUGUGGGAGAUUCAUCUGAUGCAAUCUCAGUGCAGCAAUAUAAUUGCUUAAAGAUGGAACUGGAAGAAUGUCAUUUAAGGCUGGAAGAAGAAAUGAGAGCACGAACUAAGGCUGAUGCUCGAAUAAUGGAGGUAAUGGGAAAGUCAACUUCUUCCUAUCCUCUGCUUGAGAUUGAGAAUACUCGGCUUCGGAACAUCAAUGUAUCUCUCUCUGAUGCUUUGCAUGCACAUUCAACAACUGGUACCAUUCUUGAGGAUGAAGGUGUGCUUGAAAGCAUUGAAGCUUCUUUCCGGAAAUUUCAUGCCUUUUUAGAUCUCUUGAAAGAUGCCGGACUUGGGCAGUUGGCUGCUAUUGCUGGAAUAGACCAAUCAGACUUUGGUUCUAUGGGACAACCUCAGUUGUCAUCUACAGUUGGAAAUAAUAAAACAAAAGAUAAUAUACACUUUGAGGCACCCCAAGCCACACAGGAACUCACACCAGAAGACUGUCCUGCUGGAGCACCUAAACAUUUGCUUCACUUGAAGCCCUUAACACAUUAACUUUGGCCACGUGUGUCAGUUUCUUCCUUUAACUUAAGCUGCUCCUUCCUUUUCCACUGAUUUUCCUCUUGUUCUUCCAGCAUAUAUUUGUCCUUCAAUAAUUGUUGCCUUGUAAAUAAUGCAGCCAAAUAAGUGAACCAUGUUUCCAUCCAAGGGGUCAGUGUGGACAUAGUGGAGGAUUACAAAUACCUGGGGAUAUGAAUUGACAAUAAACUGGACUGGUCAAAGAACACUAAGGCUGUCUACAAGAAGGGUCAGAGCCGUCUCUAUUUCCUGAGGAGACUGAGGUACUAUAACAUCUGCCGGAUGAUGCUGAGGAUGUUCUACAAGGCUGUGGUGGCCAGUGCUAUCAUGUUUGCAGUUGUGUGCUGGGGCAGCAGGCUGAGGGUAGCAGACACCAACAGAAUCAACAAACUCAUUCGUAAGGCCAGUGAUGUUGUGGGAGUGGAACUGGACUCUCUGACAGUGAUGGCUGAAAAGAGGAUGCUGUCCAAGUUGCAUGCCAUCUUGGAUAAUGACUCCCAUCCACUCCAUAAUGUACUGCUUAGGCACAGGAGUACAUUCAGCCAGAGACUCAUUCCACCGAGAUGUAACAUUGAGCAUCAUAGGAAGUCAUUACUACCUGUGGCCAUCAAACUUCACAACUCCUCCCUCAGAGUGUCAGACACCCUGAGCCAAUAGGCUGGUCCUGGACUUAUUUCCACUUGACAUGAUUAACUUAUUAUUAUUUAAUUAUUUGUGGUUUUAUAUUGCUAUAUUUCUUCACUAUUCUUGGUUGGUGCGGCUGUAACAAAACCCAAUUUCCCUCGGGACCUCUGGAAUUUUGAACACCUGCUAAGAUCUCCUGUUGUACUAGCUUUGCUGACCUGUGAGUAAACUCUAUGAAGUGAUCUGCUCCCAAUGCUGAUUGUACCUCUGGAACUGUAUUUCUUGAUGAUCAGGAAGCUUGACAUUAUUUCUCACAUUGUCAUGGUAAAUUAACGAUAUACUGAGACCAGUUAGAGAAGCUACACACACAAAAAUUUACUUUUCUCUUUUUCAUCUGCAUCAGGGAAGCAGAGACAGAGGAAGAAGAAAUUCUGACAUCAGGCUUUCAUUUAUUUCGAACUUACACCAGUGACUGGAAAAAUGAAAAUGUAGCAAUUUUGUUGAAAUGAGGGUUGUGAAAUAAAUGUGGCCAUUCAAGAAAGUGGUGGAAAAAUGUACAAAGAUCAAUGGCAAUAAUGCAAUUAACUUUCUUGGAGAAACAUGGAUUGUAAAGGGAUAUCCAAUGCAGAUUUGUUAAAGAUAAAACAUACCUGACGAAUCAGAUACAGAUUUUGAUAAAAGAAAGGGAGUACUAAUGAAAACGGUACAGCAGACCCAUAGAGGGACCUUUUAUCAUGUAUUCAGAAAAUGAUGCAAUUAACUAUUAAAGGAAAUGUGGUCCCUUAAGUGCAAAAAUGGCCAAGGAUAAUUUUCUGAUUAUGAGUAAUAUGCAAUUGGUUCUCUGGACAUCUGUAUUAGUUUUUUUUUUCAAAUGUAAAUUAUCUGGUACUGGUUAUAGAGAGCACAUUUUCCAAGAUGGCACUGGUAAAAAAGUAAAAAGUAGGCAGGAUGUGAACAAACUUUAGAACACAGAUCAGAAAAUGGACGGACACACUGAAAAUGCAAUUGCAUAUGUAUUAAAUAAUGGACUUGGGGAGAAACUAAACAGAGAGGUAGUAUGAAACAGAAACAGCAAGUGUUAGGACUAUUCAACACAUCAUGCUGUGUACCUGCCUGAAGUGGCAAUUUAUGUCAGUGUGCUAUGGUCCUGGGAAACAAGCUCAAAAUCAAUCAACAAACAAUUGAGGCCGUCCCUGCAAGUGCUCAAAAUGUGAAACAACGGUUUAGCUAUUGCACACCAAGAGGGUGGAACCAGUAUAAACUUGAGCUGAAAGUAUUAAGUGACAUGUAACUGUGAUUUGCAUUCUAAAUGGAAAAUGACAUCUUAUAGUGCCAUGUACUGCAUUAAAUCUAAAUGAUCUGCAUUAUACUUGUAUUAGCUGUUUAAUUAUACUGAAUCUUUACACUUUUCUGAAUAAAGUAUAUUUUUGAUUAAACUAUUUAGGAACGGGUUGCUUAACAUAGAUCAAUUCUUUCAAGAAACUGACUCAUGCAUAAUACCUCGGGCAGUUUCCUUCUGUAUUGUAAGAUGCACUAUUUUGGUUUGAAUAUUCCUCUGUGUAGUAGAGAAAAGUAGAGGAAUGGAAUUGUAUAAAUGGCUGAAGAACUGUACUUUUGGAAAGCAUUAUAUAUCAACUUUCACAUAUUGUCCAUACAAUUGUGUUUCAAAAUGUCUGCAAGUGACAACACCAUGGUAGCGUGACACUAUCCUGCUCAAGACGUUGGAGUUCAGAGUUCAGUUCCGAUGCUGUCUCCUCGUGAAUGCGUAUGUUUCCUCCAGGUGCUCGGUUCCCCCCCACAUUCCAAAGACGUACAGCUCAAUGGUUUAGUUAGUCUUUGUAAAUUGUCCUGCGAUUAGGUGAGGGUGAAAUAGGUGGAUUGUU